AAAGUGGACUGACUAAAACACUGUGGAUUGUCUUCCGUGUGUGUGCUAGUUACUUGUAUCCUAUCUUGGUAAAUUGCAUUUUACCGCGUCUUUAGAAUUAGUUUGAGUUUUUCGGCAGAAAAUAUGGAUUCUCCGGAGGACUCAACAGGAUCAAAAGAGGAACAUGAUAUUCUUCAGAACAUUACAAAUCAGUUCACGAAGUCCAUGUCUAUUGCCACAGUGGAUCUGGAGACGUAUACCAGGAAAGCAAAAGAAGCUUUUAAGGAGGGAAAUCCUGCAAAAUCUCUGGAAAUUUUGAAGGAAGCCUACAAACAUUUCCCAGAUGAGAAGAUUAAGGGACGAAUCAAGAAGCUGCAGGAGUUCAUCAGUCAGAUGGAUGCACAGUCUUCAGAUGAUGAGGACGACGAGUUCAUUGACGUCAACAAAAGUGGCUUCAUGCUGAACAAAAGGAUUUAUGAUAAUCUGUAUGAUCAUCAGAAAGAAGGAGUGGCAUUCCUUUAUGGAUUGCAUCGGGAUGGCGAGAAGGGUGGGGUUCUGGCAGACGACAUGGGUUUGGGCAAAACUAUCCAGGUGAUCUCCUUCCUGUGUGGCAUGUAUGACUCCGAGCUGAUGCAGAACUGCCUGCUGGUGAUGCCCACUACACUCAUCACAAACUGGGUGAGAGAAUUCCAGAAGUGGGUUCCGGGGAUGAGGGUGAGAGACUUCCAUGGAACAAGCAAAGUCAUCCGCGCCAAAAACCUGAGGAAGAUACAAGUCAAAGGAGGUGUUCUCAUCACAUCCUAUCAGAUGGUGCUCAACAACUGGGAGCUCUUGAGCGCCAUUGACGGGAAGGAGUUCUUUUGGGACUAUGUCAUUCUAGAUGAGGCACACAAGAUCAAAACCUCAUCAACAAAAACGGCCAAAAGCAUGAAUGCUGUUUUAGCCAAGCAUCGCGUGCUCCUAACUGGAACACCUGUACAGAACAACCUGCGAGAGUUGUGGUCACUGUUUGACUUCGCUUGCCAAGGGUCACUCCUGGGAACUUACAAAACCUUCAAGACAGAAUAUGAAAAUCCCAUUACUAGGGCACGCGAGAAAGAUGCUACCCCUGGCGAAAAGGUGCUUGGUCUGAAGAUGUCUGGGAACCUCAUGAACAUCAUUGGCCCUUACUUUAUGCGGAGAACCAAGGCAGAUGUGCUAAAGAAUGGCAAAGAUGAUCAAAAAUCUUCAGAGGUAGAGGAAGACCAGCUCUCACCAACUGGCGAAGGAGGCUUAGAGGUGCCUCCACUCCCCCAGAAAAAUGACCUGAUAGUGUGGACGUACCUAAGUCCAGUUCAAGAGGAAAUUUACAGGAUGUUCAUCUCUCUGGAUCACAUAAAGGAGGUGCUGAUGACCACACGCAGCCCCCUGGCUGAGCUGAACAUAAUCAAGAAACUCUGUGACCAUCCAAGGCUUCUCUCAAACAAAGCUGCAAGUGAACUCGGUCUGUUUACCGGACAAGACCCCGCCUUGCCUGGAAUCGAGAACGAGAGCAUGGCCAACAAUAUUGAUAACAUCUCGGAUGAGACCCUGAUCUCUGAGUCGGGCAAGCUGGAGUUCCUCAUUGAGCUACUAGAGCACCAUAGGGAAGAAGGGAACCGCACAUUAGUGUUCUCCCGGUCACUUAAGAUGCUGAACAUCAUACAGCGCAUUUUGAAAAACAGAGGAUUCAAGAUGGUGAGAAUAGAUGGCACGGUGACCGACCUCUCCGAGAGAGAGCGGCGCAUUGGACACUUCCAGAGUGACCCAAGCUACACCGUCUUCCUCUUGACCACACAAGUGGGUGGCGUUGGACUCACACUAACUAGCGCCAACCGUGUGGUGAUCUUUGACCCCAGCUGGAACCCUGCCACUGAUGCCCAGGCUGUGGACCGUGCCUACAGGAUUGGACAAACGAAAAAUGUCAUUGUGUACCGACUCAUCACCUGUGGCACUGUGGAAGAGAAGAUCUACCGCAGACAGGUCUUCAAGGACUCCUUAAUUCGACAGACUACAGGAGACAACAAGAAUCCCUUCCGUUACUUCAGCAAGCAGGACCUGAAAGAACUCUUCACUCUUCAGGAUACUCGGUCCUCCACCACUCAGCUGCAGUUACAGGAUCUUCACACGAAGCAGCAGAGCUCAGACCCCGACCUGAUGGAGCAUAUUGCCUACCUGUACUCCAAAAAAAUGUUUGGAAUCUCACACCACGAUCUCCUGUUCUGCGUUCAGCCGACUGAAGAUGAUGUGGAGAAUGACGAGGAAAGCAAGUACAUUGAGAAGCGAGUGCUGAACGCAGAAAAUUUGAUGAAGGUCGAGUCUCAGAUUCAAAGGGAGUUGAAGGACUUUGAGUACGAAAACACUGAGCCAAGGUCACUGCAGCAGCCCGUCAGGAGAGGCCGUCAGGAAUCUGUCAAACACAGACAUGAGGACCUGGAGCAGUCCCCAGAAGCAGAACCUGCCAUUGUUUUGGAUGAAUCUACAUCCCCUAACACCUCGGUUACAAAUGAAGUUGUGUUUGACCUGGAUUCCUCAAGAACAGAGGAGAUUGAGUCACUCCAGAGAAACAGAAUGGAUGAUGCCAAUGGUGUUAUUUGUGUGGAUGAUGAGGCAAAUGUGUCUGCUGGACAAAUAGAAGACCCUGUGGUUAUUAUGGAGGAAGACAACUUUCCUGAGCGGAAAAUAGACUCUUUUACUAAUGGCAUUGAGAAAGAUGGAGACUAUGGGGCUGAGGGAAGAAAGUCUUUAGUAAUAAACGGGUCCUUUGAAGGAAAUUCCAGCUUGGCUAAUGGUUGUGCCAUCACGUCUGUGAAUGACGAAGCAGAUAUGUCUACUGAUUUCAACCUGAUUGUUGAGGAUGAAGAGGACGAAGAGGAAGUCAGCUUUGCAGAGAGCAAAAGAGCCUCUCUUGCAUACAGCGGUGAGCAAGAAGGAGACUAUGAGGGCAAAAAUGUUUUUCCUAAGACAAACAACCACUCAUUUCAGGGACAUUCCAGCUUGGCUAGUGGUGAUGCCGUCUCCACUGUUGAUGAUGAUGAGGCAGACAUGUCUACUGAAUACAUGGAUGACCAGCCGGUAGAUGGAGAUGAGGACUGUGUUAUUACCAAGAAGAAAAGAAAAACCUUCACUAUUCACUCCAGUGAGGAUGAGGGAGAUGAGAGGUCUUUCAGAGCAGACGGAACCGGAAAUGUCUCCCUGCCGGGAAAUUCCAGGUUGUCAGACAUGAACGAUGGAUCAGGAGACAUGGAAGACAAGCAGUUGAGUGAGGAGGAAGAUGACGUCUUUACAAAGAAGAAGAGGGGCUUCAUCAUCUGCAGCAGUGACGAGGAGGGAGAUGACGGUGAAGGGGAAAAGUCUAUAACAGACAGUGUCUCCUCGCAGGGAAAUUCCAGGGCGGACGAGACAAAUAACGCACCAGACAUGUCAUAUGUCGAGGACAAACUGGAAGGUGAAGAGGAAAAUGACGGCUCUGGUGAGAACAAGAGUGCCUUUUUGACUUACAGCAGUGAAGAAGAUGAUGAUGAUAAAGGUGAGGAGAAGCACUCUUCAAGAACAGCCAGUAAUACCUCCUCCCAGGGAAGUUCCAGGGUUGUUGACACUAAUGAUAUCACCUCUGGAGAUGACAAUACAAACAUGUCUGCUGGGGACAUUGAGGACCAGCUGAUAAGUGACGAGGAAGACAGUGUCAUCAUUACUAAGAAGAAAAGGGCCAUUGUCUCAUACAGCAGUGAGGAAGAGGAAGAGUGUGGUGAUGAUGGUGGUGGGAGAGAGAACUCUCAUUUCUCCAGUAGCUUGCUGUCCGUGUCUUCUGUGGCGAAUUGCUCUUACUCAUCGGUUGCAUCGAGGCGCUCACUUGUAAAUAAUUUGAUGGAAAAAUUUGAGGACAUUUUAAUGGAUGAGGAUGAGUCGAGUGAAGAGAUGUCUGGGAGUGACCAAGAGAAUGAUCUCUGUCCUAGCUCGAUCAGUGUGAUUGAAUGAUCAUUAGGGCAGAUCAAAUAUAUCCCCAUCAUCCAAAACAUCUUUAUAUCCAAUAUGUAUGUGUGCUGUUUUUGUCUUAAGUUUUGUAAGAUUUUAUUAUUAAAUAAAUGAGUAAUGACCAAUUGUAAUGACAUUUCUUAUCCAAGGUUAUAUGCAGUACACAUGGGCUGGAACAGAUGAGUGACAUUUCCAGGUGGCUUCAGAUAUACAAUUUCAACAAUUAGGUUCAUGGGUGAAUUGUUCAUUGUUGAAGGGCUAAGUGUUAGUGACACAUACUGAACUGUAAGGGAACAACAAAGUCAACAGAUGUGGAGUGAUUUUUAACUCUGCUGCUUCUUGAUCAUCUCACAUUUUACAUUGAUUAGUUGUAAUGAUGCAUAAGUGAUUCAUAUUUUAACCAGUAUGCUAGAUAUUAAACCAAUUUGUUACUUCCCCUGCUGUUCCUUAUGAACAUCUCAACCCACGCAGCACUGACCCGUUUUUCUUUCACUGUAUUUGCAGCCAAAUUACAAUCAGAAUUCUGAUCAAUGACAAAUCUUCCAGAGUAAUAAAGCAACCACUUGAAAGUUGUUCUACAAAAAAAUCCCUUACAUAUUGUCAGUGUACUUUCCAUGGAGAUUCCUUCUUUAAAAAAAAUGACUUUAUUCCUUUAAUACAUGCCUAUAUAGCAUCUGCAUUUGUCAGUACUUGGUGACUUCAUGUACUGCUAGCCAGUCAAAACAAUCCAUGAAUUGUAAAAGGCUACAUUCUUGAUGUGAGCAAAUGGCACGAGGAGUCUGAGGCUCAUUGAAACUCAUACAGGUUUAUUCUGGACAGGAAGAUGCAGAGGAUGGUUGAUCUUCCUCUGCACAAACACUGCCUAUUCAAAAAGCACCCGUAUCUGGCUCUAAAGUUAAUUAACCGGUUCAACACACUGAUUUCACACAGAUUUGUUUUCAUGUUUACCGUCCUUCCUUGAAGAGAUGGCGAGCAGUAG